ACAGUUCUACUCUAAUAGGGGCUCAAGCAGAGUAUAGACAUGAAGAAAUCAAUUUCCUCCCCUGUAACUAUAGACUGAAGGCUCAAUGGGUUAAUACACAGCUCUUAGCAAACUCAGUGUCAUGUCACGUGGCCUUGAACACACCCUAUGAUAUCCAACUUAAGUUUCGUUUAUUGUAAAUCCUGAAGCCAUGGCGUCUGUUGCUCAAAGAAAUGAGCUUCUCUGUUCCAUCUGUCUAAACAUAUAUACAGAUCCUGUAACCCUGAGAUGUGGACACAACUUCUGCCGGGUCUGUAUUGAUCAGGUCCCGAAUGUACAGGAGGAGUCUGGAGUUUAUUCCUGUCCUGAAUGUCGAGCUGAACUGAAGGGGAACACAACUCUACACAAUAGAGCAGAACAUCUACUGCCUACUCAGACACAUCAGGAGGAGACGACUGGGAUCUGCUGCACCUACUGUAUUAACUCUUCUGUACCUGCUGUAAAGUCCUGUCUGCACUGUGAGGCUUCUCUAUGUGAUGGUCACCUGAAUGUUCACAGCAAGUCACCAGAACACGUCCUGACUGAUCCCAGCACUUCCCUGAAGAACAGGAAAUGCUCCAUCCAUAAGGAACUUUUAAAGUACUAUUGUCCUAAGGAUGCUAUCUGUAUCUGUGUGUCCUGUACAUUGGCCGGAAAACAUGGGGGACACCAGGUGGAGAUGAUGGAUGAGGCCUCUGAGAAGAAGAAGAAAAAACUGAGGAAUGUUCUUCAGAAACUGAUCCCAAAGAGAGAGGAGACUGAGGAAAGAGUCCGGAGUCUGGAGGAACGCAGGAGAAAAGCUCAAGAGAAAUCAUCUGGAGAAGCGGAGAGAGUCACUGCCCUGUUUAUAGACAUGAGGAGACGGCUGGACGACCUGGAGAAGAAGGUCCUGAGUGAGAUCUCCAGGCAGGAAAAGGAAGAGUCACUGUCACUGUCUGCUCUGAUCCAUCAGCUGGAAAUAAAGAAGGACGAGCUGUCCAGGAAGAUGAGACACAUUGAGGAGCUGUGUAACAUGACGGAUCCACUGACUGUCUUACAGGAACCAGACACAGGUGACUUGUGUGAUCCUGAGGAGGGGGGAGGUGAUGAGGACACAGGGGGACAUGAUAAGACACAUGAUGUAGAUGUGGAUGUGAUUACAGGGAUGAUACAUGCAGGCUUCUCUGAUAUAAUGAAAUAUCUGAAGAACAUCUCACCCGCAAAACAAGGUAAUAAGAGGAAACGCUACCACUGGUACCGAUCUCCACCCAGUCACACAAAAGCUUCUCCUGUGUCAAGUACAGAAUAUGGGGGCAAUUGUGUAAUAGUCAGGACUGGGGGUGCAGGGGAGGAGGUAAUAGCUGUAGGAAAGGUGGGGAUCUACGGGGAGGGUCCUGCAGACAUAUUACUGGAUGUAAAGACAGCUCAUAAUAAUAUCAACAUAUCAGACAACCUAAAAACUGCAACGUGGACAAAAAUAACACAGAAUCGUCCAGAGAGAUUCCAGUAUUAUCAGGUGAUGAGCAGAAAGGGAUUUACCUCAGGACGACAUUAUUGGGAUGUGGAGGGCAGUGGGUCAGGAUUGUGGAGGGUGGGGAUGUGUUAUCCCAGUAUAGACAGGAGGGGAGGACGGUCAUUCAUUGGUGACAAUAACAAGUCCUGGUGUUUGAGGAGGUAUAAUAGUCAGUAUUCAUUGAGACAUGACAGUAAAGUAAUACGGUUAUCUGACAACAUCUCCACUGAUAGAGUCAUCAGGAUCUGUCUGGAUUAUGAGGCCGGGCAGCUGUCCUUUUAUGAGCUGUGUGACCCCAUCAGACACUUACACACCUUCAUCACCACCUUCACCGAGCCCCUUCAUGCUGCAUUAUAUGUAUAUAAUGGUUCUUUAAAGAUAUCAGGGGAGGAGCAGCUGUGGAAAACUGAGAAAUGUGAAUAGAAACAACCUAUAGGAGACAGCUGUUGAAAGUGCUUCAAUCUAAGACAUUAAUUUUCAGAUGCAUUUUCAACAACAACAAAAAAAUCGUGUGUGAACAAUUCACAAAUUGACCAAAAAAAAACAUGCCAAAAGGAAAAAAACUACUUUGGGUGAAAACAUUAGAACAUAUUGCUUUGUAGUUGAAUUGCAGUUUGUAACUGCAUCAUGUCAAUUUACAAUAGUAAGUAAUGGAAGAAGUUUGGUUUAAAAAAAGCGUUUGGAUGCUUGGAAAUAAUAUAGGAAAAAUAUUUUGCAAUCACAACAGAAAACACAACAUAAACAACACGUGAGCACAGCCAAAUGAUAGCAAAUAAACCUCCAUUGCCAAAACAUAACGUGUGUUGGGUGAAGGUAUAAAUGUACAUAAAAUGACCUAGUAAUGACAAUGGUGAUUGGUACCCAAUAUUCAUUUCUGUAACAAUUGC